UAUGAUGGGGGUAUCUCUGGGCAGCUAGGGAGCCAGUGAGCAGAUAAGCCUGGGCCUAGAAUAAGUCUAUAAGGCACAGAGAAAGAGGACAGCAGAGGAGGUAGGAAGUAGAGGUCUUUCAAAAUCUCACGGACAAUGAAGAGCCCAUGAGGUUUUUUGAGAGAGGAAUGACUCUUCAAAGCCAGCAUUUUGUCAGGUGGCUGAAGGAGGAUUCUGUGAGUCUGAGACUGUCCUGAGCUACAGAGUUGAGAAUUUUGUCUACAAACAAGCAAACAGCCUCAGCACUUUGGUACCCGAGCUCACCCGGGAACUGGCGAUGUGUGUCCUGCUCUCACUGCUCCUGCUGGCCUCUGUCUUCUCACCAGGCCAGGCCACAUGGGGCGUCUCCAGUCCCAAGGAUGUGCAGGGCCUGAAGGGCUCCUGCCUGCUCAUCCCCUGCAUCUUCAGCUUCCCCGCCAAUGUACCAGUGCCUCACGGCAUCACUGCCAUCUGGUACUAUGACUACUCGGGCAAGCGGGAGGUGGUGAGCCACUCAAGUGACCCCACGCUGGUGGUGGAGCGCUUCAGGGGCCGAGCUGAGCUGCUGGGGAACGUGGAUCACAAGGAGUGCAACCUGUUUCUCAAAGACCUGCAGCUGGAGGACUCUGGCUCCUACAACUUCCGCUUUGAGAUCAGUGAAGGCAACCGCUGGUCAGACGUCACAGGCACCUCGGUCACUGUGACAAAGGAACCCAGCGCCCCCACUAUCACCAGAGCAGGAGAGCUGCGUGAGGGUGUGGAGGUGAGCUUCAACUGCUCCACGCCCUACGUGUGCCUGCAGGAGCAGAGCAGCCUGCAGUGGCGAGGCCAGGACCCCACGAGUUCUGUCACCUCCAGCACCCAGCGCCUCGAGCCCACUGGCGUCAGUCGCCAGGAGACCCUCCACACGGCCCUCUCCUGGCAGGACCACGGCCGGACCCUGACCUGCCAGCUCUCAGUGGCCACGCACAGUAGUCAGAAAGAGCUUUACCUGCAAGUGCUCCACGCCCCCAAAGGCGUGGAGAUCUCCCUCAGCUCCUCAGGAAGGAACAUCCUCCCAGGGGAUCUAGUCACACUCACCUGCCAUGUGAACAGCAGCUACCCCGACGUCAGUUCUGUGCAGUGGGCCAAGGAUGGAGUGAGCCUCCCGGCUGACGGGCGUGUGCUGCAGCUCUCCUCAGCAACCUGGAAUGAUUCUGGGGUCUACACCUGUCAAGCAACGAAUAACGUGGGCUCUCUGUUGUCGCCCCCGCUCAGCCUCCAUGUUUUCAUGGCCGAGGUCAAGAUGAGCCCAGCGGGGCCCAUAUUGGAAAACGAGACUUUGACGCUGCUCUGCCACACCCCCAAGGAGGCGCCCCAGGAGCUCCGCUACAGCUGGUACAAGAACAACGUUCUCCUGGAGGACGCCCACGCCCCCACUUUGCACCUGCGUGCGGUCACCAGGGCCGACACCGGCUUCUACGUCUGUGAGGUGCGGAACACCCAGGGCAGCGAGCGCUCCGGCCCAGUGAGCGUGGUGGUCAGACAUCCACCCCUCACUCCAGACCUCACUUCCUUCUUGGAGACACAGGCUGGAUUCGUGGGUAUCUUCCAUUGCUCUGUGGCCAGUGAGCCCCUGGCUACGCUGGUGCUGUCACACGGCGGCCUCACCUUGGCCUCCAGCUCUGGAGAAAAUGACUUCAACCCUCGCUUCAGUAUGUCCUCUGCCCCCAACUCCCUGCGCCUAGAGAUCCGGGACUUGCAGCCAGCUGACAGCGGGGAAUACACGUGUUCAGCCACCAACUCCCUCGGAAGCGCAACUUCCAGCCUGGACUUCCAUGCUAACGUGGCCCGACUCCUCGUCAGCCCUUCAGCAGAGGUUGUGGAAGGGCAGGCCGUGACUCUAAGCUGCAAGAGUGGCCUGAGCCCAGCACCCGACACUCGCUUCUCCUGGUACCUGAACGGAGCUCUGAUUCUCGAGGGAUCCAGCAGCAGCCUCCUGCUUCCCGCGGCUUCCAGCACGGAUGCUGGCUCCUACUACUGUAGAGCGCAGGCUGGCCCCAACGCCAGUGCCCCCUCCCGGCCUACUGUCCUCACUGUGUUCUACCCCCCAAGAAAGCCCACAUUCACUGCCAGACUGGAUUUGGAUGCCUCUGGAGCAGGGGCUGGACAUCGUGGCCUCCUCUUGUGCCGGGUAGACAGCGAUCCCCCAGCCCAGCUACGGCUUCUCCACAAAGGCCGUGUUGUGGCCACUUCUCUGCUGUCAAGAUGUGGGAGCUGCUCCCAGCGCACAAAAGUCAGCAGAGCCUCCAACUCACUGCGUGUGGAGAUCCAGGACCCAGUGUUAGAGGAUGAGGGCAUAUACCUGUGUGAGGCUAGCAACACACUGGGAAACUCCUCUGCCUCAGCCAUCUUCAAUGCUAAGGCCACUGUCCUGGUUGUCUCACCGUCGGACACACUGCGAGAGGGUGCAGAGGCCAACCUAACUUGCAACGUGAGCCAGGAAGUUGCCGUCAGCCCUGCCAACUUCUCCUGGUUCCGGAAUGGAGCGCCGUGGACCCAGGGACCACUGGAGACUGUGAGGCUGCAGCCCGUGGCCAGGACUGAUGCUGCCGUCUACGCCUGCCAACUCCUCACAGAGGACGGGGCUCAGCUCUCGGCUCCUGUGGUCCUAAGCGUGCUGUAUGCCCCAGAUCCUCCAAAGCUGUCAGCCCUCCUGGAUGUGGCUCAGGGCCACAUGGUUGUGUUCAUCUGCACCGUGGACAGCUACCCCAAGGCUCAACUGUCUCUAUUCCGUGGGGAGCACCUCCUGGCCACCAGCUUGAAACCCCAGCGUCCAUCCCAUGGCAGAGUCCAGGCCAAGGCCACAGCCAACUCCCUGCAGCUAGAGGUCCGAGAACUAGGCCUUGAGGACUCUGGAAACUACCACUGUGAAGCUACAAAUGCUCUCGGAUCAGCCAACAGUUCGCUUUUCUUCCAGGUCAGAGGAGCCUGGGUCCAGGUCUCACCAUCACCUGAGCUCCAGGAGGGGCAGGCUGUGGUCCUGAGCUGCCACGUGCCCGCAGGGGUCCCCGAGGGGACCUCAUACCGCUGGUAUCAGGAUGGCCGCCCCCUCCAGGAAGCAACCUUAUCCACACUCCGCAUUGCAGCCAUAAGUCUGAGGCAAGCCGGUGCCUACCAUUGCCAAGCUCAGGCUCCAGAAACAGCUACCGCCAGCCUGGCUGCCCCCAUCAGCCUCCAUGUAUUCUACGCCCCACGCCACGCCACACUGAGCGCCCUGCUGAGCACAGACCCUGAGCGAGUCGGCCUCCUGGUGUGCAAGGUACUCAGUGACCCGCCAGCUCAGCUGCGGCUCUUUCACGGGGAUCGCCUUGUGGCCUCUUCCCUACAAAGCCCGGAGGAACUGGCAAGCAGCGAUCCCCGGCUGCGGGUGACCGUGAGCACCAAUGAGUUACGCCUGGAGAUCCGCACGACAGGGCUGGAGGACGGCGGCACCUAUGCCUGUGAGGCCACCAACACACUGGGCCAGACCUCUACUACAGCUGACUUCGAUGCCCAGGCUGUGCGUGUGACAGCGUGGCCCAAUGCCACCGUGCAGGAGGGGCAGCAGGUGAACCUGACCUGCGUGGUAUGGAGCCCCCACCAGGCCUCGCUCCGCUACACAUGGUACAAGGGCGGGCAACGGCUCCUCGGUGCCAGUUCCAUCUUCCUGCCCAAUGUUACCGUUAUGGACGCCACCUCCUAUCGCUGUGGCGCGGGGCUCCCCGGCCAAGCACCCCACCUCUCCAGACCUGUCACCCUGGAUGUCCUCUAUGCUCCCCGAAGCCUGCGGCUGACUUACCUCCUGGAGACCCAGGGCAGGCAGCUGGCCCUGGUUCUGUGUUCUGUGGAUAGUCGGCCAUCGGCCCAGCUAACUCUCAGCCGUGGUGGCCACCUCCUAGCCUCCUCGACUGAAACCUCUGUCCCCAACACCCUGCGCCUAGAGCUUCGGGACCCAAGGCCUAGAGAUGAGGGACUCUAUAGCUGCUCCGCCCACAGCCCACUGGGCAAGGCCGACACAUCCCUGGAGCUCCGGCUGGAAGGUAUACGGGUGAGGAUGAAUCCAUCUGCUUCUGUGCCUGAGGGGAAGCCUGUCACGGUGACCUGCGAGGACCCUGCUGCCCUCUCGCAGGCCCUCUAUGCCUGGUUUCACAAUGGCCACUGGCUUCAGGAGGGGCCGGCUUCCUCCCUCCAGUUCCUGGCGACCACACGGGCUCACGCUGGCGCGUACUUUUGCCAGGUGCAUGACAGUCAGGGCACACGCAGCUCCAGACCGGCCACCCUGCAAAUCCUCUAUGCCCCUCGGGAUGCCGUCCUGUCUUCCUUUCGAGACUCGAGGACCAGGCUCUUGGGCGUGAUACAGUGCACAGUGGACAGCGAACCACCCGCUGAGCUGGUCCUAUCCCACAAUGGCAAGACGCUAGCUGCCAGCCACGGGCCUCACAGCCCCGCAUCAGGGAUAGGCGGCAUCCAGGUAUCCCGAAAUGCUCUGCGGCUACAGGUGCAGGAUGUGACGGUAGGCGGUGGCAGCGACUAUGUUUGCACAGCCACAAAUGCACUUGGUUCCAUCAGUACCACCCAGACGCUCCUGAGGGAGACCGAUGUACACGUGGUGGCUGAGCCAGGUCUGGACGUGCCAGAGGGCACAGCCCUGAACCUAAGCUGCCACCUCCCUGGUGGCUCUAAGCCCAUGGGCAACUCUACCUUCACAUGGUUCUGGAAUCGCCACCCACUACACGCAGCUCCUGUGCCCACACUCUCCUUUACCCACGUGGCCCGGGCUCAGGCCGGGUUGUACCACUGCAGGGCUGAGCUCCGCACUGGGGCCACCACCUCUGCUCCAGUCAUGCUCCGUGUUCUCUAUCCUCCCACGAUACCCACUCUGACAGUGUUUGUGGAGCCUCAGGUUGGCCUCCGGGGCAUCCUUGACUGUCGAGUGGACAGUGAGCCCCCGGCCAGCCUCACCCUUCACCUGGGCAGCCAACUAGUAGCCUCCAACCAACCCCAGGGUGCUCCCACCCAGUCGAACCUCCGCAUCUCCUCCUCCCCCAAUGCCCUGAGACUGGACAUGGAGGAGCUUGGACCCAGCAAUCAGGGGGAGUACGUGUGCACUGCCUCCAACGCCCUGGGCUCUGCCUCCGCCUCAGCCUACUUUGGGACCCAAGCCCUGCACCAGCUCCAGCUGUUCCAGCAGCUUCUCUGGGUCUUGGGAGUUCUUGCUGGCUUCCUGUGCCUGCUUCUGGGCCUGGGGGCCUGGCACACCUGGAGAAAGCAGCAUUCUAAUAAGCUGAAUGUGAACGAGAACUCAACAGAGAUGGUCACUCAGAAAGACACUAUCCAGCUCUUGAUGCAGCCACACAUGGAACCUCACCUCGCGUCAGAUCCCCGAGCUGAUGGAUGACUUACCUGCCUUCAGGAGGGGGUGGUGGCUGAUGUGUGACAACUCAGGUGCUGUGAGCAAGGUCCCACCUACCUCUGUACAGGCAGCAUGAAGGUGGCCGCCUUUCCUGACCUGCCUUCCGAGCCUCUUGCUCCUAAGAAGAACAGAUGGAGAGAUGUGAGACAGAAGUUGACGGCUGCCUCCAGGGCUCUGGGACAGAAUCAGCCAUGUUGCCCACUUCUCUUUGUGUGGCUUUCCUCUGUAUCCCUUUGCCUCUUUCCCUUCAAAGCCCACCUUGGACUUCUUUCCUGAUAGGUUAGAACAGCAUGUGGUUCCUCACGGACUUGCUAGGACACUCUGUGCCGUACAGAGACCAAAUACAGACUUUAGCAUGACAGGCUUUUAUUUUUCUCUUCUGAAAACUGGUCUGGUUAUGCUAUGGUGGUAUCAGAAUCCUCACUUGCUUUUCUCCAUUCCCCAAGUGUUGCCUUUGACUAUGAAGCUCGGGUGACUGUAGCCCAUGGUCCCUGCGGUGAGAAGGAAGAGCGCAGUGAAGGUCCACUCAUUCCCGUGGUCCAUAGAGCUAGAACAUGCAGUUGCUGCUUUCCUCACUUCCCAUUAGCGACAAAGAGGUCACAUAAACACACCAUGCUGCAAGGGAGACUGGGAAACGUACUUUUUGUUCUGCGUCUUGACUACAUGGGGAACCUCUAUUUCUGAAGGAUCCUGCUGUGGACUCGGCCCCAGGACUUUUGACGCUGAAGAAGAGUGGCAUUAUCCAGCUAGGCUCUGACUCAGUGUCCUGGGCCAUUCUGAUUUUGAGUUUCCUGGAAGGAGGAGUACUCCUUACAUGGUGAAACUGAGGAGCCAAGGUUUGGUGGUCCCUAAGUAUCUUAGUUACUGUUCUUUUGCUGUGAAGAGACACAAGACAAUUCUUAGAAAAGAAAACGUUUAGCUCGGGGCUUGCUUACAGUGUUAGAGGGUCAGGAUCAGCAUGGUGGGAGGCAGACGGCUGUGGAACUGAAGCCGUAGCUGAGAGAGUUAUAUCUGGAUCAACAGGCAGCAGGAAGGGAAGGAGGGAAGGAGAGAGAGACACCCUGUCAUAGUCUUUUGAAACCUCAAAACUCACCCCCAAAGACAUGCCAUCUCCAACAAGGCCAUUCCUCCUAAUCUUUCCCCUAAAGUUCAGCAACCAGAGACAAAGCCUUCACACAGAAGGGCUUAUGGGGGCCAGUCUCAUCCAAACCAUCACACCAGGUAGGGUAAAGGCAUGCCAGGCAGACAUCCUUGCAGAGGAUGAAGAAGUAACUCACCCCAUUCCCUCCUACCCCUGCAGUUGCACCAGCUCUUUCAAGACCGAGGGGCAGACAGGGGGUUGGCAGCACCCUGUUCCUGCUCUGGGUACAUGACGGUGUGCACACGUCAUGGCAAAGUGAACAAGCACACAUUCCGUGGACUCCCAAGCUCCGGUGCCUGUUAACACAACUGAGCAUCACCAAGAGGGAGCGAAGCGUUCCUGAGAGGUCAGGGAUGGAGGGGAGCUGGGUCUACAGUGGCCGGAGACUCCCGCUGUAGCCUGGCAGUAGAUGGUAAAAGGAACAAAGGGCCAGGGGCUGAGAGCCUGAAGAACAGUCGGAGGAGCUAGAAGGUCGGGAAUAAAUUGGGAAAGGGAUAACAACUGUGUAGCCGAGGCUCUGCUCUUGCUUGUUCUAGGCUCACUUUCUUCCUUCUCUUCCCUUCCCCUUUCCUGCCUUCCUUCUGUCCUUUCUUCCUUUUCUUUUCUUCCUUUCUUUUUUCUUUCUUCUCUCCCUCCCUCCCUUUCUUCCUUCCUUCCUCCCCACCCCAAUCCCCAGACAAGGUCCCAUGUAGCUCAAACUGACUUCAGUCUCAUUAUGUAUCUGAAAAUGGAUGACCUUAAACUUCUGAUCUUCCUCAGGCCCCAUUUUCUUUUGUGCCUGAAUGCCAUACUUUCUCUGGGAGUCUGUCCAGCAUAUUCCUCCAAUAAACCUCCAUUCCAGGAUACAA